AUGACAACGAGCGAUGAGGUGAUGAUCGCUUUCCCAACCGAUGAAUCCACCACCGAUGAACUCACAGCCACCGCAUCCACAACUGAAGAUUUAGGUCAACUAACAUUGCCAAGUCAGUACAAAGUCUCUAAUAGCACCACAACGUAUCCCACAUAUUCAAUACCAUACCCCACGAAUAUGAAACCAUAUCCAGUACCAGGUUUUACGACAAAAUCUUGCUCAUUUACAUCGACCUCCGUCAUUACUCUACAUCCAUACAUUCCUCCAACAUCCGAGAUCGUAACCGCGACAGCAAUCACGGUCUCAACUCUCUUCGACUAUGACUACCUUACUCCGCAUAUCCCUAUCGUAGAUCCUACAUCAACAGCUAAGCCAAAUCCAGGCUUGGAUUCUCCACCAACCCCUUCAAAGACUCCACCAGUCACCACGAAAGAUAGCCCAGCCCAACCCGGACCAUCGCAUGUACAGCCUCCGAACCCACCAGCACAACCACAGGAGUCCCCGGAAGGUCCCCCGGAAGUUAAGCCAGUAGACCCAACACUUUCUAAAGUAGGUGUGAAACCACCCAUUACCGGUGCGCCAGGGCCCCAACCUACCAAUGACGCCACACCUCCACCAGUUGUCACAUUGCCAGGAGCCGGUCCCAUUGUAAUUGACCCGUCGCGAUCUGAAAUCGUGAUCAGCGGAACCACGACUAGAUUCAAUCCAGGCCAACAAACGACUAUCAACGACGUGCCAAUUUCCCUUGACAGCUCCGCCGGGUUUGUCGUGGUUGGUGGUACCAAAACAAUUGGACUGCCGCCGCCAAUGACCCCAGCACCCAUCGUAGCACCCGUUGUUAUUGGCGGUACUACUGUGGACAUAGAUGAUAUAGUGCCGGGACUGCAGCCUGGCCAGAUGACCACUAUCGGAACCAAUACCAUCUCGCUCGACGAAUCUAGCUCUUUCCUUGUAGUAGAUGGCACGCGUUCUAUCCCGCUAAACCAGGAGACAUCCAUACCCAGUACUUCCACACUCGACGUUAAUGGAGUACCCAUCCAUGUGGGACAGCUCGCGACAGAGCUAGACGUUGGCGAAACAACUGUCAUCGGAAGCAUAACUGUUUCACGUGACGAUACCGGCUUGAUCGUUGGUACUACUACGAUUCCUGUCCCUACGAAAACAGACGAGAUAGUCGUCGGUGGUACGACUAUAUCUCCCGAUGCGCUCCCAUCCGGCUUCUCCUUUAUACCAGCUGCAUCUAGUGGCGGCCUACUACUUCCCAAUGGCGACACACUAUUGCCAGGUGGAGAGACGACGAUCGAUGGUAUGGAGAUUUCGCUUCUGCCGGGAGAGACCCCUGUUGCAGUUAUCGAGGACUCAAUAUCCAUUACGGCGACCGAGACUGCUGAGAGUACUACUUCAACAUCAUCCUCUUGCAGUGGCCUGACAUGCGGUCAGCCGACUAGGACUUUGACCAGCCCAACAGGAGACAAUACCGCAGCUUCAUCGGCAGAUGUGUUAGUGAGUGGGAGGUGGUCUGACUUUGUUUUUGCGAGCAUGUUUGUUGGCGUUUUUAUUCAUUGGGCUUGA